CCGGGAAUAUUUUCACGAAGAGAAAACAAAAAAAAGUUUCUAAAGAAAUAUUGUAAUAAAAUUAUAACAUACUUACGAGAAAUGUGCUGAAUUUGUACAUAAAAAUGGAUUUAAUGGAUAACAAGUAUGAACCUGUGGAUGAAAGUUCCGAGGAGAAUGGAGAAGAAAACGUGGGUUUAGUUUUGGAAGAAUCAGAGUUCAUAGGCUGCGAUGCAGAUGAUGAAGCAACAGCUGAGGAGGGUCUUCAUUAUCAAUAUGAACAAAAGAUUUUUGGCAGUGAUAGGGCUGGAGAAACGGUAGCUUAUCAAUUACUUCAUAUUGACGAGGGCGAUUCAAGGGAAAUGGAACUAGGGCUUCCCAAUUCUGUGAAGCAACCUGUGCAGCUCUUGGCCUCGCCCGUUAAUGGUCAAUAUUACGUGAUCAGCAACGAAACUGACCCUUUUGCAACCCAAACUCUUAAAUCUUUCACUCCUCGUGUUUCUCAACUUCAAGUUAACAAUAAGUCCUCCAAUUCCUCGAGUGAACCUAUUCCGAAAAAGAGGGACGACAAAAGAAGAGAAACGCACAAUGAAGUGGAGCGACGACGAAGAGAUAAAAUUAACACCUGGAUUACAGUUUUGGGAAAACUUUUGCCGGAAUAUAAAGUUAGCACAAUUGAUGGAGGGGAGAGCAAACAGAAUUUUGAAUCUCAGAGCAAAGGAGGAAUUUUAUCUCGAGCAUGUGAUUAUAUACUAGAGUUAAAAGAGACAAACAAGACUCUUGACCGCUGUUCCGAGGAAAAUAAGGAAUUAAUGCAAGAAUUGAAAAACCUGAGACAACUCGUCAGUCACUUAAAAAAGCAGAACGCUCAGUUAAAAAUGCAAAUCUCAGAUGGUACUUAAUACUUGAAAUUUGGCGACUGCCUUCGAGUAUUAAAUUUUAAAUCCAUAUCUCAAUUAUGGUACUUUUUUCAUGUUUAUGAGUACUUUUUCAAGUACGUUACCGUGUUGACUAGAAAUAAAUGUAUUUUAUGAUA